GUGUUUACACCGUCACCUGUCAAACGCACACCCUCCGCAACGAUUCUCUUUGAAAGGAGCUGAAACACACACUCACACUGAAGCGCCGACGGUAGCCGCUAACUGGACGGACUUUCUGGUAAUCGACCUUUUGCAGUGGAUAAGUGGAAUAAGACUUGAACCAUGAGCUCAGUGGCAGUGUUGACCCCGGAGAGCUUUGAGGAGCAUCGCAGUGGUCUCAAAGACCAGGAGAUUACUGGUUGCGUCUUGGAGGAUGAGGCCUACAUUCCCACCUAUUUGGAGGCCUUCCCUCCGCUGCCGGAGAAGGGGGCUCCGGGGGAAAAGACCGGAGAGCCGGUUUCGGCUUGGGGGAGCAAGAUCAGGCCCAUCAAAGCCUCCGUUAUCACCCAGGUGUUCCAUGUGCCCCUGGAGGAGCGGCGCUACAAGGACAACAGCCAGUUUGGUGAGGGAGAGGAAGCCAAAGUGUGCCUGGACAUCAUGCAGAGAACCGGAGCGCACAUCGAGCUGUCCCUGGCGAAGGACCAGGGCCUGUCCAUCAUGGUUACUGGGAAACUGGACUCGGUUAUGAAGGCUCGCAAGGAAAUCGUAGCUCGCCUGCAGACACAGGCUUCUGCUACGGUCGCCAUCCCCAAAGAGCACCAUCGUUUUGUCAUCGGUAAGAACGGUGAGAAGCUGCAGGAGCUGGAGCUGAAGACCGCCACCAAGAUCGCUAUUCCACGACCCGACGACCCAAGCGCCAACAUCCGCAUCACCGGCACCAAGGAGGGCAUCGAGAAGGCUCGCCACGAAAUCCUUCUGAUUUCGGCUGAACAGGACAAGCGAGCAGUAGAGCGCCUCUCCCUGGAGAAGGCCUUCCAUCCCUUCAUCGCUGGAGCCCACAACAGGCUGGUGCAGGAGCUCAGCCAGGAGACGGGUGCUCGCAUCAGCAUCCCCCCGCCAAGCCUGCCGAAGGACGAGAUCGUCAUCACCGGAGAGAAGGAAGCCGUUGCUCUGGCAGUCAGCCGCAUCCGGGCCAUCUACGAAGACAAGAAGAGAAAGACCACGACCAUCUCGGUGGAGGUGAAGAAGUCUCAGCACAAGUACAUCAUCGGUCCAAAGGGCAACACCCUGCAGGAGAUCCUGGAGGCCACCGGGGUGUCGGUGGAGAUGCCUCCGCUGGACUCUGCCUCGGAAACCAUCAUCCUGAGGGGGGAGCCCGACAAACUGGGGCCUGCGCUCACACAGGUCUACGCCAAGGCCAAGAGUGUGAUGGUGGUGGAGGUCAGCGCUCCAGCGUGGCUGCAUCGCUUCAUCAUCGGCAAGAAAGGGCAGAACAUCGGACGGAUCACGCAGCAGCUGCCUCGGGUUCACAUCGAGUUCACAGACGGUGAGGAGCGCAUCAGCCUGGAGGGACCGACAGAGGAGGUGGAGCAGGCUCAGGCCCAGAUUCAAGAGAUCAUCCAGGACCUGCUGGUGAGGAUGGACUACACUGAAGUCAUCAUAGAUCCACGUUUCCACAGACACCUGAUCGGAAAGAACGGAGCCAACAUCAAUCGGAUCAAGGAGCAGUACAAAGUGUCGGUGAGAAUCCCGCAGGACUCGGAGAGAAGCAACCUGAUCCGGAUCGAAGGAGACCCUAAAGGAGUCCAGCUGGCACGAAGGGAGCUCAUUGAGAUGGUCCAGAGAAUGGAAAAUGAGCGAACCAAAGACCUGAUCGUGGAGCAGAAGUUCCACCGGACAAUCAUCGGGCAGAAGGGAGAAAAGAUCAGAGAGGUUCGAGACAAGUUUCCUGAGGUCAUUAUUAAUUUUCCCGACCCGGCGCAGAAGAGCGACAUCGUCCAGCUGAGGGGGCCGAAGAAUGAGGUGGAGAAAUGUGCCAAGUUCCUGCAGAAAAUCAUCGCAGACCUGAUUGAGAACAGCUUCUCCAUCUCCGUCCCCAUUUUCAAGCAGUUCCACAAGAACAUCAUCGGAAAAGGCGGCGCAAACAUCAAAAAGAUCCGCGAGGAGACGAACACGAAGAUCGACCUUCCGACUGAAAACAGCAACUCUGAGAUGAUCGUCAUCACGGGGAAAAAGAGCAACUGUGAGGCCGCCAGGGAUCGAGUCCUCGCCAUCCAGAGAGAACUGGCCAACAUCAAGGAGACGGAGGUCACCAUCCCCGCCCGACUGCACAACUCUCUGAUCGGCUCCAAGGGCUGCCUGGUGCGCUCCAUCAUGGAGGACUGUGGGGGGGUCCACAUCCACUUCCCCUCUGAGGGCUCCGGCUCUGAUAAAGUCACCAUCAGAGGACCUGCAGGCGAAGUGGAGAAGGCCAAGAAGCAGCUGCUGCAGCUGGCCGAAGAGAAGCAAGUCAACAACUUCACCGCUGAGCUGCAGGCCAAGCCGGAGUAUCACAAGUUCCUGAUCGGACGAGGCGGCGCCAACAUCCGCCGCGUGCGGGACAGAACGGGGGCCCGGAUCAUCUUCCCGUCGCCUGAUGACCCCGAGCAGGAGCUGAUCACCAUCGUGGGGAAAGAGGAAGCUGUGCGUCAGGCCCAGAGGGAGCUGGAGAGCCUGGUCAAAAACCUGGAUGACGUGGUGGAGGACAGCAUGGAGGUGGACGUUCGACACCACCGUCACUUCGUGUGUCGGAGAGGUCAGGUGCUGCGGGAGCUGGCGGAGGAGUACGGCGGCGUGGCCGUGAGCUUCCCCCGCACCGGGUCCAACAGUCAGAAGGUGACUCUGAAGGGAGCGAAGGACUGCGUGGAGGCGGCUAAGAGACGAAUCCAGGAGAUCAUAGAGGACCUGGAGUCCCAGGUGAGCGUAGAAGUGGCCAUCCCUCAGCGAUACCAUCGCUCCAUCAUGGGGCCCAAAGGCUGCCGCAUCCAGCACAUCACCCGGGAGCACGAGGUCCAAAUCAAGUUCCCCGAGAGAGACGACAGCGCCGCAGGUCAGGAGGCUUCGGCACAGGAGAACGGUGACGUCAGUCCAGAGGCGGAGUUUGUCCCACCCAAAUGUGACAUCAUCGCCAUCUCUGGACGGGUGGAGAAGUGCGAGCUGGCUAAAGCAGCCUUGCUGGCGCUGGUGCCCAUAACGCAGGAUGUCGAAGUAUCUUACGAUCUCCAUCGCUACAUCAUCGGCCAGAAAGGCAGCGGGAUCAGGAAGAUGAUGGAGGAAUACGAGGUGAACAUCUGGGUGCCGCAGCCUGAGAAGCAGCUGGAUGUGAUCAAGGUGACGGGCCUGGCGGCCAACGUGGAGCGAGCCAGACUGGGUCUGCUGGAGCGGGUCAAAGAACUUCAGGCCGAGCAGGAGGACAGGGCCCUGCGCAGUUUCAAGGUCACCAUGUCUGUGGAUCCAAAGUUUCAUCCUAAGAUUAUCGGCCGCAAGGGGGCGGUCAUCUCUCAGAUCCGAAAGGACCACGAUGUCAGCAUCCAGUUCCCCGACAAAGGAGACGACCAGCAGGAUCUGAUCGUGAUCUCUGGGUACGAGCGGAACGUAGAGGAAGCCCGCCAAUCGAUCCAACAGCUGGUGGCUGAGUUACAGGAGAUGGUGAGCCAGGAUGUCCAUCUGGACCCUAGGACUCAUGCGCGCAUCAUCGGCGCCCGCGGCAAAGCCAUCCGCAAGCUGAUGGAGGAGUUUAAGGUGGAUAUCCGGUUCCCUCAGCCAGGCUCAGACGAGCCCGACAAAGUGACGGUAACGGGCCUCCCCGACACCGUUGACGCCGCCAUUGAUCACCUGCUCAACCUGGAGGAGGAAUACCUGCUCAGUGUGACGGAGACGGAGACCAUGGCAGCGUACAUGAAGCCUCCGUCUCGUUACGGAGGGGGAGGGGGAGCAGGAGGAGUGGAUGAUGGCAGUGGGGGGCCGGCUAAGGGCUUUGUGGUGCGGGACGCCCCAUGGAACGCAGCAGGGAACAAGGCUCCUGACAUGAGCAGUGCAGAAGAUUUCCCCACUUUUGGGACUGGCGUGGCUCCGAAGCAAACCUCGGCCUGGGGUCCCAAGAAGUUCUGAAGUUGCUCUUACAUGGAGAAAAAACAGAACAAAAACCUUCGCUAAAGUAGAUAAUGAGACAAAACUAAUUUCAAACUGCUGCUCGCCUUCCUCCUCUUCCUUGUUGUAUCUUUUACAUCCAGUUUAUCUUCUUUGCUGUUCUCCCACAACCAGCCACAGUGAAUUCUGGGAGAAUAAUUCCUUUAUUUUUAUUUUUAUCCUAUUUGUCUCUCUUACUGUAGUUUGUCCCAUUCCUCUAAGAGAGGACAUAUAAUGCUCUUAUUAUCAUAGUUUUGCUGUCCUGCUCUGACUCUUUGUGUCCUCAGUCAGUCUGACUGAAACAUUUCAAAAACACUUGUUUGUUUACCUUCUGGUCUAACUCAGUCAAGUCCCGGUAAAAAUAUGAAAUGUUUCAGUUGCUCAGACUUUGCUGAAUCAGUGUAGUAGAGCCAUAGAAAGGAAAUCUCCUCAAACAUCUAAAGCAAAACGCUUUCAGGGACCUGGGUAUCAUGUUACAGAGGCUAUAUCUGAAAUUUUGGAGCUUCAAAAAAGGGGCGGAGCCAGAGAGUUUGUGACCCAAAAAAGACCCCUUUUAGAUGCUUUUUUGUGGUUUCUCUCUGGUCCACCGUGCCGGUCACUAACGUGGUACAACAGGUGAGAUGUUAGCUGUGUGUUUAUGUAUGUCGAUGGGAGUUUUUUCCCACCCACUUGUGUUUUUAUAGAUUCCGUUUUUAUUAUUUGUUUUUCAAGCUAGAAACAAAAACAGCUGCUGGACAUAACAUUGUACUUAUUUUCUGUUGACUCAAAAAUGAUGUGAACGUCCUGUAAUGAAGGUUGUUUUUUUGUUUGUUUAUUGAAAAAAGGAGCCAUUUUCUUUGAACUACUGUGAUCAUCUGUUUUUAUAUAUAAAAAAAGCACUCACUGUAGCUUGCAACCUUUUGUUUGAGAGUGAAUGCUGUGUGUCAGGGUUCGGAGAAAAAUGUUAACAGUUAUUAUGUGCAAGUGUAAGAAAAAACUACUUUUCCUGCUAUUUUUUUAAACUGUGUGGGACAUUUUUGUUGUUGUCGUCGUUGGUUUCGGGCAUAUUUGAAAGACUGUAUGUUUGUGCGAGAGUGUGGGAGUUAAGAUGUAAAUUUGAAUGAAGCUGA